AUGCACCGUGGCACGAAUAAUUCUGAACAUGGCACUGGUUCGGACACUGGCGCUACUGGAGGGUGCUCCAAUCGGACGAAUUCUAUGUCAUACCAACAUGUUGACGGUUUGCCGCCUCCCUGUGGUGUCCUGAAGCCACUGGUAAAUGGGUCUUUUGCAGAAUCAAUAUCUUAUUACUGUGGAAAACACGCCGCCCAGCUCCCAAAAUCCCCAUUUUACACAGCUCCAAAUUUGUGCGAAUGUUGCUCCACCUGCAGCGCUGGAAAAUCUUACACGUGUAGCCACAGCUUUUGUACUGAUUGUACACGGACAACAGAAGAUAGCGACCCGGAAUCGACAGGGUCAGCGCAGGCUUUCAAGCCUCCGACAAUGUGUUCCGAGUGCACUGAACAGCGCGUUAGGGACUGGGUUUCGGAACUGAGUGAAUGCAGUGGUUGCAGCGAAUGCAACGAAGACAGUUGGGCGGCUGACUCUACUGAUGCUCCGAUCGCGGAAAAAACUAGCGAAGGUCGCGGCAACUGA